UCCCCCGCCCCCUUCCCUCGCCUUCUGCUGACGCUGACGUUGGAUAAGGGAUCUGGAGGGACGCUCCGACCGCGGCCAGGAGGCUCCUGGGAGCCGGGGCUCCGAGGUUAUAAUAUAACUUAUCCUUUCAUGCUUUUUCUCUGCCCCUUCUCCCCAAAUCAUCAACAAUAGAAAAAGAAGAAGAAAACAUGUCAGGACAUAAAUGCAGUUAUCCCUGGGACUUACAGGAUCGAUAUGCUCAAGAUAAGUCCGUUGUAAAUAAGAUGCAACAGAAGUAUUGGGAAACGAAGCAGGCCUUUAUUAAAGCCACGGGAAAAAAGGAAGAUGAACAUGUUGUUGCCUCCGACGCAGACCUGGAUGCCAAGCUAGAGUUGUUUCACUCAAUUCAGAGAACCUGUUUGGACUUGUCUAAAGCAAUCGUACUCUAUCAAAAGAGAAUAUGUUUCUUAUCCCAAGAAGAAAAUGAACUGGGAAAAUUUCUCCGAUCCCAAGGCUUCCAAGAUAAAACCAGAGCAGGAAAAAUGAUGCAAGCAACAGGAAAGGCUCUCUGCUUUUCGUCCCAGCAAAGGUUGGCUUUGAGAAACCCUUUGUGUCGAUUUCACCAAGAGGUGGAGACUUUUCGGCAUCGGGCCAUCUCAGAUACUUGGCUGACGGUGAACCGCAUGGAGCAGUGCCGGACAGAAUACAGAGGGGCAUUAUUAUGGAUGAAGGACGUGUCUCAGGAGCUUGAUCCAGACCUUUACAAGCAAAUGGAGAAGUUUAGGAAGGUACAAACACAAGUCCGCCUUGCGAAAAAAAACUUUGACAAAUUGAAGAUGGAUGUGUGUCAAAAAGUGGAUCUUCUCGGAGCAAGCAGAUGCAAUCUCUUGUCUCACAUGCUAGCAACUUACCAGACCACUCUGCUUCAUUUCUGGGAGAAAACUUCUCACACUAUGGCAGCCAUCCAUGAGAGCUUCAAGGGUUAUCAGCCAUAUGAAUUCACUACAUUAAAGAGCUUACAAGACCCUAUGAAGAAACUGGUUGAGAAAGAAGAGAAGAAGAUCACCCAGCAGGAAAGCAGAGAAGCAGCAGUGCAGGAGCCGAGUCAAUUAAUUUCAUUAGAGGAUGAAAACCAGCACAAGGAAUCCUCUAGUUUUAAGAGUGAAGAUGAAAAAAGUAUGUUAUCUGCCUUAGACAAAAGCUCUACACCUAAUGCAUGCUCAGGACCUAUGGAUGAAUUAUUAGACAUGAAACCUGAAGAAGGUGCUUGCCUGGGCCCAGUGUCAGGGACCCCAGAACCCGAAGGUGCUGACAAAGAGGACCUGCUGCUACUGAGUGAGAUCUUCAACGCUUCCUCCCUGGAAGAGGGCGAGUUCAGCAAGGAGUGGGCAGCCGUGUUUGGAGAUGCUCGACUGAAGGAGCCAGCACCAGCUGCGGCCCUGGGAGAGCCAGACCCCAAGCCUCAGACAGGCUCAGGGUUCCUUCCUUCACAGCUUUUAGACCAAAACAUGAAAGAUUUACAGGCUUCGCUACAAGGCUGGUCAGAGAGCAAUGUCAAUCCUCCUCCUUCUCCAUGGCCAGCGCCAAAGACCAACAGUCCAAAUGACAACAGCCCUGCAGUGAAAGAGCCUGCCAAGGCUGCCUCGGACCUGACUGCCUGGUUCAGCCUCUUCGCUGACCUCGACCCAUUAUCAAAUCCUGAUGCUAUUGGGAAAACUGAUAAAGAACACGAAUUGCUCAAUGCAUGAGUCUGCAGCCUUCGGAUGGAACCUGCGUGCCACUCCUUAGCCACUCCCCCAGGAGCUAGCAGAAGUAUAAAGUGAUCAGUAUGCUCUUUUAAUAUUUACGUGCCAUUUUAAUAAAAUGAGGGGGUCAGAGGCCCUGUUUAUAUUGGUAUAAUUAUUUACUCUUAUUUGGUACAGAGGGUUUUAGUGUAAUCUGUAUGUGCAUCUAAACAAUGUGGGGCCGUCUGGGAGCGGUUUCCAGGCCCCACUCUCCUGUCGACGUCAAUCAUGGCUGCUGCAGUGUCACUGGGCUACUGUAAGAUCCAAAUUCAGCUCAUAAACCUACUUUGGGGUUUAAAUAAUGUGUCCUACAGCCUCAGUGCCAGUGGGAGGCUAACAAGGCUUACAUGCCUCCUCCUAUACUCCUGCCUCUGUCUUCUUAAAGAAGGGUUAAGGUGGUUUGCCAAGCCACCUUUCAGUGAGCUCUGGACGAAGUUCUGGCCAACAGCCCUGUCCCCACAGCGCUUGCCUGGCGGGCUGGGUGUUCUCACAAUGGCAGGGAGCAGGGCUUCUCUCCGCGGCACCAACCUUUCUAUGGAAAGCAGCCAUAUCUGCAGAUACCAGUGUCUCCUUUUUUCUUCUUCAUGGCUGGAAAUCAAAAGCAUGUGUUUCUGGAGCCCCUGUGACACUAAUUGUUUUUGGUUUUAUUUUUUAAUAAACAGAAAAAAU